CAACACCUAUACAUAUACAUACACACAUAUAUCUAUAUCUAUAUAUACAUAAAUAAAAGAAACCACACGACGUCGCUUUGAAGAAUCGGAUCUUUCACUUUUAAAAGUUGCUAUCUCGCAAUUUAUCGUUUAAGAACUGUUUACAACUAUCUGGAAUUAAUUAAAUUAAUAGCCGGAAAAAUUAAAAAAAUGGAGAAAAAUACUCCGGUCAGAAAACCUCACACUUCAACCGCAGAUCUGUUAACCUGGUCGGAAAUUCCCGUCGGCGAUUCUCCGGCCACCGCUUCUGCUCCUCGUUCUCAUCAGCCGUCAGAUGGAAUCAGUAAAGUUGUGUUUGGUGGUCAAGUAACUGAUGAAGAAGUUGAGAGCUUAAACAAGAGGAAACCUGUUUCAGGCUAUAAGUUAAAGGAGAUCACUGGCAGUGGCAUAUUUGCUGCUGGUGGAGAGAAUGAUGUAGAAGAAUCUGAUGCUGCAAAUCCCACUGCAACUAGUAAAACUGGAUUACGGAUGUAUCAGCAAACGGUUUCUGGGAUAAGUCACAUUUCAUUUGGUGAAGAAGAAUCAGUGUCUCCAAAAAAGGCACUCUCUGAAGCCAAGCAGCGGGAGCUAAGUGGUACCUUAGAUAGCGAAGCAGAUGCAAAAUUGAAGAAGCAAUUUUCGAAUGCAAAGAACAAGGAGCUCAGUGGACAUAACAUAUUUGCACCACCUCCUGAAAUAAAACCGCGUCCAUUGGGUGCACGUGCUUUGGCAUUGAAAGAAAGCAUAAGCCUCGGUGAAUCUGAUCCACUUAAUACAAAGGGUGAUGAACCCAUCAAGACGGCAAAAAAGAUCCCGAGCCAGAAGUUUACAGAGCUUUCAGGAAACAAUAUCUUCAAAGGCGACGAGACUCCAGCAUCAUCAGAAAAGCCAUUAAGCUCUGCAAAGCUUCGGGAAAUGAGUGGAAGUAACAUCUUUGCUGACGGGAAAGCAGAAUCUAGAGACUAUCUAGGUGGCGUUCGCAAGCCACCAGGUGGCGAGAGUAGCAUUGCAUUGGUUUAGGUUCUAACUCAUUUGUUUUCUACAUUAUUAUUAUCUCCGGGCCUUCUAUUCUUCUUAUCUGGCUUUGACUGUGGGUUUGUGGUUCUUUUUAUUAUUUGUUUUUCUUAGGGUACAUGAUAGUGUAUGGACCGUAUAUCAUAUGUGCACUUUUGGGUGAUUAGGUUGGUUAUGUUCAUAAUUAUGUGUUUGUCCUAAUGAACUACUUAGAAUUAAAGUUGAGUUUUCUUCUUGUAACAAAAGAAUUUGACCAUUCUCUCUGGUCAGAGUGGUUGGUGAUUUUAAUUUUUCAAGCUUUGCAGUUUUUUUUUUAA